AUGGGCAAUCUACGGUGUCGUGGGCUUGCCCUCGCGUUUUUCGCUUACAAUCGAGGUUUGCCGCUCCUCAUCCGAUCUGCCUUCUAUCCUAUAUUCGGCGACCGGAUAUGGGGCUGGCCCGGACAUAUCAUUGAUACCUUCGCCAUAUUCGCAGGAAUUUUUGGACUCGCAACCUCGCUCGGUUUGGGGGUCCGACAGGUAACCUCCGGCCUUGACUAUCUGUUUGGGAUUCCGGCGAACGGUCUCACCAUGGUCCUCCUUAUUGUAGGGAUUACCGCCAUCGCGAUGGCUUCGGUGAUGACAGGGAUUAACGUCGGGAUCAAACGUCUCAGCCAAUUCAACAUGAUUCUCGCCUUUGUUUUGCUAUUGGCUGUUAUCGUCCUCGGGCCGACACUCUACAUUUUCCGCAGUCUCUUCUCUGGACUUACCACUUAUGUCAUGAAGAUUGUGCCGCUCAGCAACUGGAUCGGGCGCGGAGACACCGACUUCUUUCACGAUUGGACAACGUUCUACUGGGCGUGGUGGAUCGCUUGGGCACCGUUCAUCGGCACAUUCAUCGCUCGCAUUUCCAAGGGACGCACGGUUCGCGAGUUUGUCAUCUUCGUUCUGCUUCUACCAACGUUGCUAUGUUUAAUCUGGUUUAGUGCCUUUGGUGGCACUGCUAUCCACCAGUUCCUCACUGCGGGUUACACGGGCGUAACCGAAAAAGUUGAGACAUAUAAUUACGAACUCGCACUCUUCAAAAUGUUUGAGGAACUCCCGUGGGCAACGUUGCUUUCCUGUAUCGGUAUGACGUUGACAAUCAUCUUUUUCGUUACCUCGUCGGACUCCGGAUCCCUGAUUAUUGACAUCAUUGCGGCGGGCGGCAAAGUUGACGCACCGAUACCACAACGUGUGUUCUGGUGUACCGCAGAAGGCUUAGUCGCUAUCGCACUACUACUUGGCGGAGGGUUAAAGUCCUUACAAGCGGCCUCCCUCGCAACAGGUUUCCCUUUCGCGAUUGUGCUAUUGGGAAUGGCUGCCUGCCUCUGGGUUGGGCUUAAUAGAGAAGUAAGGGAAUCACGCUAA